AUCAGCGCCAGUGUUAACAAAUAUGGCAACAAUGCUGUACUUAAGCAUCUUCUUGGCAAGUUUUCUUGUGCUCAAGUGCACUAUGACAGAAGAUGUCUGUCCUGUACUCACUAGAUAUGGAAAGAAUGCCAAUGCCAUUUUCGCCAAGAGCACCAUUGAAACGGGCUUGAAAAAAAAUAUCCUGGGACUGUUCCCCAUCCAUAACAAGGAUUGCACCUCAAUCUUGACCACCAAGAACUACAAUGGCAUCCAGAGAGCCAUGGCCAUGAUUCACGGUUUGAAUAUUGUCAAUGAUCAAGUCAAAAGAGGGGAGAAGACUAUCGCUCUCAAUGGUUUUUUGUACGACACGUGUUCCAAUGAGAUCUCGGCUAUUGACAGUUUCAUUGAAGGCAUGGGCAAUCAUGAUCCAGUCUCAGGUGUUAUUGGGGCCUCGUACAGUUCUGUCACCAUCCCGUUAUCAAUGGUGGCACAGGCUUACAACGUUACCAUGCUAUCCUACGCUGCCACUUCUGGCUAUUUGUCCGAUAAACAGAGACAUUCAACAUUCGCGAGGCUCUUGCCAUCCGACAACAAUCAGGCCAGAGUUGUGCACAACAUUGUCAAAGCUUUAACCAGCAUGAAAUGCACAAGUUCAUCAAAAGAUGAGUGUGACGAAAAGGAAUUUACAGUGGUUCAGGUUCUCAUGACUAAAGAGAACGAUUACAGCAAAAGUUUGUAUGAGGAAUUCCAAAGGCUCAUAGCUAAUGAUCCAGGCAACUCCAUUUUGGUUUGCAAGAUUUCAGAGUUUUUCUUUACGAACUCAACGGAAGAGAUCGAACACGAUCGAAAAGAGAUCGAAAGCCUUGUUCAAUCUGGCGUGGAUGCCGUGGUGUCAUUCAUGACAGCUGAUAGCAAGUAUACUUUCCUCGACGGUUUGGAAUUGGCCAUCAAAGAUAAAUCCUUAGAUGUUAAACCCUUUCCGAUCGUGAGUACAGACUCCUGGGACGUGGGAGACAUCUCCGAUGGAGAGGUGACCCAAUUCCUCUCUGGAAACAGCUUGGUGGCCAUACCUUAUCCAAGUGAUCCCUCCGCCAUUCGAUACGGGGGAAAUUUCACCGACUAUUUAGGCUCUCUAAACCGUUGGCAAUAUCCCUGGCUGAGUGAGAUGUGGCAAGAUAUGUGUGGUGGUAACGAAACUUGCUUGACAUCAUCAUUGGACUUGGAGACGUUUCGGAUUGAUUCGAAGGUCAGCUUUGUCAUUGACACGGUCAUGGCCUUCUCGGAUGCCUUGGAAAGAUGCCAUGAGGAUAAAUGCAAUGAGAGGAAACACGUCUUUUUUGAAGAUUAUAUCUUAAAAACAAAUUUUGUUGAGGGCGAUGACAAAAUCCAAUUUGAUUGCCAAGGCAAUGCUUUGGGCAAAUAUGGCAUCUACGUUCUCUCAACCAGUGGAAAGUACAAGAGUGUUGGGAUAUGGGACGAUUUUUCCUCUCCGAGACUCAAAUUUGCUCCCAAUUUUAACUCCUCUCAAAUCAAUCCCACCAAAACAUGGACAUGCCGCCCAAAGUGCACCAUUGGAGAAUAUGAAGAAGAAUUGCAACAAAUUUCGGGCUGUUGUCACAUUUGCACCACUAUCCCAAACAAGUAUAUCAAAGUUACCCCGAGAUCGAUUAAAGCUUGCGCAGAUGGAACUUGGCCAAAUUCAGGCAAAACGAAAUGCAUGAAAUUGGUCCAGGAAACCUUAGCCUUGUCUAGUGGAUGGACCGUCAUGGCCAUAUUAGUUGCUCUCUUGGGUGUGGCAGGUGUAGUUUUCGUGAUGGCGGUGAAUAUCAAGAAUUAUAACCACGAGAAGAUCAAGAGCAGCAGCAGGGAACUGUCCAUUUUCGUCUGGAUUGGCGCCGUGAUCAGCCAUCUCAACACCUUCCUCGUGUUCUUUGUCAUCCCUACGAACUUUACAUGCAGUCUCUUAAGAUUAUUUCUGACCAUUGGCUAUACGUUCAUGCUCUCGGCGUUAUUCCUGAAAGUUUAUCGAAUUUUUCGGAUCUUUUAUGGACAAUUCAGCCAAGCUAAUGAAAUCUUAGGCAAACCAAAAUACGUCAGUCCCAAGCAUCAGAUUGCCUUUGCUAGUGGUUUGGUGACCAUCCAAUUUUUGCUCGUCUUUUUUUGGCUCAUGUGGGAACCUGUCAGCUUGACUCAUUUGUAUCCUGAACGUCGACAUGUGCUCGUUUGUGCCGUGGACGUGUCCAAUUUGUUCGUCUUCCAAAUCUACAACGUGGUCCUUUGUUCUGUGGGAACUUUCUAUUCGAUCCUCACUCGAGGUGUGCCACAGAACUUCAAUGAGAGCCGUUGGAUCAACUUCACCAUGUACUCGGUGUGCUUCAUUUGGUUAAUGCAACUCACCAUUUGGGCUCAGAGGAUCAAUGUCAAGGAUGUGGAUAAGCACUUUGGAUAUCAACCUGAGAAAAUAUGGGCGCUCACCUCGGCAACUUAUUCUGCUCUUGGUACGAUUGUUUUGUUGUUUCUCUACGGUCAUCGGAUCUAUCAGAUCUACAGGGCUAAACCAAGCGAUGGAGAUGAGCCAGUUAUUGUGCGCAUUCACAGUAAUCAAAGCAAUCUUUAAGGACAAGAGUGCGAUGGCAUAAAAGAUAUAGUAUUGACAUGAGUACUUGAUGUUUGUUUUGCUAAAGUCGCGAUAUAAUACAAGAUGAAAACACAA